CAGCUGCUCCAUCCUUCGCACAUCACGUGACCCAGCCCCCCCCCUCCAUCCAUCCACUCCACUCCACUCCACUCAGCAAUGAUGGCUGCGGAUGCUGCGGAUGCUCGCUGCAGCAUCCUGCAUCCUCCGCCGCCUCGCCUGUUCCUCCUCCCCCUCCUCGUCCUGCACUGCUGGCUGCCGGCGCCGACCUCCGCGCUGCUCGGCGUCCGGCCGGAGGACACCAGCAGCGGGGAGCUCUCCGUGCAGGACGGCGUCCUGAGAGCCACGGAGGGCACUCGCUUCGUGCUGAGGGUCUACUACUCCAACGGCAGCGAGGCGGCGGACUCGGCUCCCGCGGCGCCGUGGAUCGCCUUCGUGGAGGAGGAGGAGGAGGAGGAGGACGGCGGAGGGAGGAUCGGAGGGAACCCCUGCGCGGAGGAGAACGCCCGCAGCUCGGAUAUCGAACUCCUGGGCUCCUCCAAGUCCGCGUCCAGCCGCAACUCGGUGCUGGUGGAGCUGCUGGCCAAGCACCUCCGCCGGGGCGAGGCGGUGAAAUACUACUCCAUGUGCGCCUUCGACGGCGUCAAGUGGCAGCACUUCAGCACCAGGGACUUCUGGCUGGCGGUGGUGGAGAGGCCGGCGGCGGCGGACGGCUGGCUGCAGGCCGGGGUCUCCGUGCUCCUGCUGGGGCUCUCCGCGCUCUGCAGCGGGCUGAACAUCAGCAUGCUGGCCCUGGACCCCGUGGAGCUGCGGGUGCUGCAGAACAGCGGCACGGAGAAGGAGCAGAAGUACGCGCGGAAGAUCGAGUCCGUGCGCAAGCACGGCAACUACAUCCUGUGCACGGUGGUCCUGGGCAACGUGCUCACCAACACCUGCUUCGUGGUGUGGAUGUGUCAGAUCCUGGGCAUGACCCUCCUCUCCACCGCCUCCUGCACUUUGGGGAUAUUCUUCAUCGGGGAGAUCUUGCCUCACUCCGUGGCGUCCCGGCACAGCCUGGCCAUCGCCUCCAAGACCCUCUGCGCCACCCGGCUCCUCAUGCUCCUCUUCCUCCCCAUCGCCUACCCAGUCUCCAAGAUCCUGGACUUCAUGCUCCACCAGGAGAUCAGCAGCUUCUACACCCGGGAGAAGCUGGUGGCCAUGCUGAGAGUCACAGACCCGUACCACGACCUGGUCAAGGAGGAGCUCAACAUCAUCCAAGGGGCCUUGGAGCUGAGGACCAAGACGGUGGAGGACGUCCUCACCCCCUUGCCCGACUGCUACAUGCUGGGUUCGGACGCCGUGUUGGACUUCGGCACCAUGUCCGACGUCAUGCAGAGCGGCUUCACCAGGAUCCCGGUCUACGAGAACGAGCGGUCCAACAUCGUGGGCAUCCUGUUUGUGAAGGACCUGGCCUUCGUCGACCCGGACGACUGCACCCCCUUGAAGACCAUCACCGAGUUCUACAAGCAUCCCAUGCACUGCGUCUUCCACGACACCAAGCUGGAUGUGAUGCUGGAGGAAUUCAAGCGAGGCAAGUCGCACCUGGCUGUGGUGCAGAGGGUCAACAAUGAGGGCGAGGGAGACCCCUUCUAUGAGGUGAUGGGCAUCGUCACCCUGGAGGACGUCAUCGAGGAGAUCAUCAAGUCGGAAAUCGUGGACGAGACGGAUCUAUACACUGACAAUCGGACCAAACGGCGAGUGUCGCACCACGAGAGGAAACAGGACUUUUCCAUCUUCAAAGUGGCAGAAAACGAGCCGAACGUGAAGAUCUCGCCCCAGCUGCUGCUCGCGACGCAUCGCUUCCUGGCCACAGAGGUGGAGCCGUUCAGGCGGUGUCACCUGUCCGAGAAGAUCCUGCUCCGCCUCAUCAAGCAUCCCAGUGUGGUGCAAGAACUCAAGUUCAACCCCAAGAACAAACACGCACCGCAACACUUCCUCUUCCAGAGGAACAAACCUGUCGACUACUUCGUCCUCAUCCUGCAGGGACGGGUGGAGGUAGAAAUCGGAAAGGAGGCCCUCCGCUUUGAAAAUGGAGCAUUUUCCUACUACGGCAUGCCAGCACUCAUCCCACCCCUGCCAGUCGGUCAGAGGUAUUGUUCUCGCAGCAGUGGUCUGAACCAAUCAGAGUCGCUGCUGAGCGGCGGCAGCGUGGGUCAGCUCUCAACAGGAGGGUUCUACCUACCAGACUACUCGGUCCGACAGCUCACAGACCUGCAGGUUAUCAAGAUAUUGAGACCCCACUACCAGAACGCCCUGGCAGCCACAAGAAUGGACAUCUCCCCUCAGACACCAGACCCAGUGGAUGGAGACGCGAAAGGGAGGCCACCCGUCCCUGAGGCCCGCUCGCACAGCAUCGCCCUCUCCCUCACCAACGCACACACCCGCCUGGGGCUGGCCCGCCUUGCACAGCUCCACCCCCACGCGGGCCUGAGAAACACCUCACAUCGUAAUGAAAGGAAUCGGAUUGUUCGCAGCAAAUCAGACGGCCAGAGGAGUCCCAACGACACGGUGUUCCUUCGCAUGGAUGACAUUCCCUACAUCCAAGAAGAUCGACCGGAGAAUUAUGGAGAAAAUGACGUGCCUACGGACACUCAGCCAUCCACCUCUCCUUACAUCAGCUCUCGCUCGCUCUCCAGCUCGGAGGAAAACAUCGGAAAGAAGCUUUUGCGUAAACUGAGUAACAAAAGGAGAAAAUGGAGUCGGGAUGGAGAGAAGAGUUUGGAGGAAGGAGUUGAGCACCCACCGGCGACAAGCUAGCGCAGUAAUGACACACCUCUUCACUUCCAUCUCAUCGUAACGACUCCCUGGAUGUCCCACACCUCCCUGCAGGAGACGGAGCCUUUACCAUGUGCUGUAGCUACCAGUGUACUCAGGUCCCGACUGUUCCAGAUGCGCCUCCCUUAGCACCUUCUGUGAUUGCAGAUUGGAAAAAGGAACUAAAAAGGUGGUAAAUAGCACAGUAUUGGAAUAAUCAGCCUUGCACUGGGAAACUGAACUACAGUCUCCAAUACAAGCAAUAAAACACCAGCGAAACAUUAAUAUAGCUUAUACGAUUAUAGCCCCUUUCACACAAAUCCUGAAAAUAAGUUGCCUUUUACACAGAACUCGGCAACGUUGCCCUUGUGACAGCGCCAACGUGGAAUGGAAGAGUCGGAAUUGUCGACCUACUCUGCAAAUUAUUUGCCACGUGUCUAGAUUUUAAAUUGUGUCCCUAGUUCUAGGAGCUAUUUACUUAUUUUAGGUUAUUAACCUUACAGCAGGGAUGUCAAAGUCAUAUUCGGGGGUGGCCACACCAAACAAGAAUGACAAAUACAUUUCAGGAGAACAUCUGAGCUAUCCAUCCAUCCAUUUUCUACAGCUUAUUCCCUUUUGGGGUCGCGGGGGGUGCUGGCGCCUAUC